AUUACAUGACCGUAAACACGGUUUUACGUUAAGAGUUUGUGUUGAUUAGUAUUAUAAGAAAACACAGAAGAAUUUAAAUAUGGCAGAUGUACUAGAUAUUGAUAAUGCAGAAGAAUUUGAAGUUGAUGAUGAAGGCGACCAGGGUAUCGCACGUUUAAAAGAAAAAGCGAAGAGAAGAAAAGGUAGGGGACAUGGUGCAGAAUUGGUGUCUACUCGUGAUGAUGUUGGUCAUUACGAGUCAAUGAACGUUGUUGAGGAAGAUGACGAUGAACCGGGACCACAAAGAUCUGUAGAAGGAUGGAUUCUAUUUAUAAAUUCAGUACAUGAAGAAGCUCAAGAAGAUGAUAUUCAAGACAAAUUUUCAGAAUUUGGGCAAAUUAAAAAUUUGCAUUUGAAUUUGGACAGAAGAACAGGGUUUUUAAAAGGAUAUGCUUUAGUAGAGUAUGAAACAUUCAAAGAAGCUCAAGCAGCAAAAGAUGCAUUAAAUGGAACAGAAAUCUUAGGGCAGCCAAUUUCAGUUGAUUGGUGUUUUGUAAAAGGACCAAAAAAAAUUAAGAAGAGAAGUCAUAGAAGGCGAUGAAAAAAGGC